AUGAUCCUUACAUGGAAUGUAAGAGAGCUUAAUAAAAAGGAAAGGCAUCUUGAGAUUAAAGCCCAUCUCAAGAGGUUACAAGUGCCUUGUAUGGCAUUAUUAGAAACUAAAGUCAAAGAGAAUAAUGCUGCAAGAAUAAGACAGACUUUUGGGAAUGAUUGGGAUUGGAUUGACAACUAUGACUAUCAUCCAAAUGGGAGGAUUUGGGUGAUGUGGAAGCAUAAGGAGCUCAAAGUGAAAAUACAAACAAAAGGUGAUCAGUUUAUCCACUGUGAAUUGAGUGAUAACUAUGGCCACAAACUUUGUUUAAUCACCUUUAUUUAUGCUCACAAUCAACUCAUGGAAAGGAAGAAAUUGUGGAAGGAAAUAAAGGACUUGGCUAACAAUGUUCAUGAUCAAUGGAUUGUUAUGGGGGAUUUCAAUAAUGUCCUAAAUAGUACAAAUCAGAUUGGUGGUAAUCCUGUCCAUGGUGCUGAAUUUGAAUAUUUGGAAGCUAUGAUGAUGGAGGCCCAACUUUAUGAACAUGAUACUCGAGACAUUUUACAUGCUCACAUUUCUGACCAUAGUCCCUUGAGAGUGAGUUUUCAUGGCCACCAAGGGAGGAGGUAUCACAUUCAGCCUAGGUUUCGAUUUAUUAACAGUGUGGUUGAACACUCAGAUUUCUUGGACGUGGUUCAGGAAACAAAAGUGUGGACUGAUAAAAUUAUUACUGCCACUGAUGUGGAAGAGAAACUAUUGUUGCAGAAAGCUAAGGCUACUUGGAUAAAGCUAGGGGAUACUAAUAAUAGCUAUUUCCAUGCUAUUGUUAAGGGGAGACAAAAACAGAACAAAAUUAUGCAUUUAAUGGAUCAUGGGGGAAAUAUUCUCACUGAACAACAAGGCAUGGAGCAAGAGAUUUUAAGGAGUGGACCACAACUGAAAGAUGAUAGUAAAAAGACUCUGCAUCAGCCUUUUAUUGAAAAGGAAGUGUGGAAUGCUUUAACUGGUAUUGGUGAUAAUAAAUCUCCAGGCCUUGAUGGGUUCAUUGUAAAAAAAAUUAAGAGUGCCUGGGGCAAGAUCUAUGCAGCUAUCAAUUGUGCAUUGGUAACAUUAAUUCCUAAAACUCCUACUGCUAACAGUAUGAAGGAGAUACGACCAAUCGCCUGCUGCAUCACGGUAUACAAAAUCCUUUCCAAGAUCCUCACAAGCAGGUUGAGUAAAGUAAUAUCUGAGGUUAUUGAUUCGAGCCAGUCAGCUUUUAUCCCUGGUAGAAAUAUUCAUGAUAAUAUUUUAAUGGCAUAUGAACUUCUUCGUGGAUACAACCGUAAGCAUAUUUCUCCUCGUUGUGCUAUCCAAAUGGAUAUCCAAAAGGCGUAUGAUACGGUCGAGUGGAAUGCAUUGGAAACUAUAAUGAAGGAGUUGAACUUCCCUGUCAAGUUCAUUGGUUGGAUAAUGGAAUGUGUCAGUACGGUCUCCUAUAGAUACUCGAUCAAUGGCCAUGUUACAGAUUUACUUAAAGCGAAACGAGGCCUCAGGCAGGGAGAUCCACUCUCUCCACUGCUUUUUGUGUUGGUGAUGGAAUACCUACAUAGAUUUUUUGCCACACUGCAACAUGAACCGAACUUCAAAUUUCACCCCCGAUGUAAGAAAUUAUGUCUAACUAAUAUUUGUUUUGCAGAUGACUUAAUUUUGUUCACUAGAGGAGAUUCAUUAUCAGUUAGCACAAUGAUGAGAACAUUCAAAGAAUUUUCCUUAGCCACUGGCCUUAAAGCCCACCCUGCCAAAUGCAAGCUCUAUUUUGGUGGAGUGCAUCAUGUUGUGCAACAGGAGAUUAAGGAAGGGACUGGAUUUCAGAUUUGA